AUGAGAUAUACCUUGUCAUUCCACCCGGAACCAGUACGUACACGACGCGUACUGGAACCAGUACUUCUUCUCGAGGACGGAUCGGGACACAAUGAUGAAUCUUCGGUAGCAAAUAACGAUGACCCGGAGAAUGAUGACCACUUCUGGCCACCAUCACCCAAGCGACCAAGGUUUGACGAAGAUAGCCUGCUCGCUGAGGCUACGUCGGCGAUGCUGAUGAUGCACCACGACGUAUCAGCAGGCGAUGGAGAGCAAUUAGUCUUCGGAAUGGAUGAAAACAAUGAAUGGAAGUUUAAGACGCAUGUGGACAAUGGGCCAUGGAUGUUAGUUUCACGGACACCGAGUGCCCGACUAAUUGGAUAUUGUUGGGUCUUCGCGAAGAAACGAGAUGGGAGUGGACGAGUUACCCGGUACAAGGCCCGCUUGGUUGGGGAAGGGUUCAAGCAAAACUUUGGUGUGACCUUCUUCGAAACUUACUCACCGGUUGCCAACAUGACCUUAAUCCGAGUUGUAGUGGUGGCGUUGGAGUAUGUGACGGGGCCGUUGGAUGCGGACACAGCUUUCUUGAAUAGCGAUCGCAAGGAACGUAUGUACAUGGAAGUUCCGUACGGCAUCUCCAACAACAAUAAUAUGAUGUGCUGA